UCUCGCAAAGCUCGUCCAAAGUUCAAAGCAAAGCCUGAAGGCAUCGUCCCCGUUGAACAUGCGGAGAGAGAAACAGGUUAACCUUACUGGGAUGCAUUAAUUGGAAUGCUUGAUUAUAUCCGAGUCAAACAUAUGCACUAGUCAAGAAGCAAAUAUUGUUUCUGAAUGGCUGAUUGCGCUUCUCUACCGUCUUGUGUGCAUCUAAAGCUGCGCCAAAUUCAGCCCAGAAAAAUUAGUUUGAACCCCAGACAUGCGUUUGCUAGAAUGCUUAAAAGGGAGUGGUUCCCUCUCAGAAGUAGUCUCUCGAUUCAAUUUUCUUUACCUCAAGGUCAUGUUUGUGUCACUCCAAUUUUGUCUUGUGCUGAAGAAACUCUAUAUCUGAAAAGGAGUACCUCGAGGUGUUAUUGCUUUGGAUCCUUGUCAAACCCUGAGAGUUUAUGGUCACUGAAUUGGGUGCCUCUUGCUGAUCAAGUGCUUCUAAUAACAAGUAUAAUAUUUGCACAUAUGGCUGGAGUGGUACCGCAAGAGAGAAACUUUGGAGGAUACAAAGAUGAUGGUCGCAACAAGAACCAACUCCAAUAUUUUAUCUUUGUUAUUUACGUUAAAGUCACUUGUUUCUUGGGCAGAUCUGCUGAAAAUGGGAGUACAAAUACUUCCAUGGAUUCUUGGGAUGAAGUGAAAAAGAAACUCAUGGGUGCUUUAAAUGCAAUCCAAUAUAAUGUUGUGGCCAAAGGACUGAAUGAUCAAGCAAUUAGUUAUAAAACUGACAGGAAAAACCAUCCUCUAAGUCUACAUGCCAUUGCUGAGGGACCUAGGUUGCGAUUGUUUUUAUCUACUGUGCUCCAUCUUCAGAAAGAGUUGAAUGAUAUCUCUGGAAUUCAUGAAGCUGGUAUCCAAGAAGCUUGGCUGGAAACUGCAUCAGAACUUAUAAAGGAGUCUGUACAGCCAGUUUUCAUAAAAUGGCUGAAAGACGAAUUCACCCUGGAGAAUGAAGAGCCUGAUGUGAAUCUUUUGAAAAGAGUUUCCCUGAAAUUGAAGGAAGGUGAUAGAGUGCUACUAGGCGUUCUUAGAUGUGGGAAAGCUGAUCUUUAUGCAGAUCUGUUGUUUUUCCUUAAGUUUGGGUCUUGCAGGGCUGGGUGCUGUACUGAUAAGAAAUUCUUAGACCAAUUUGCCGUGGAUAUUUUAGAAGACCUGGUAAUUAUGCUGGCAGAUGUGAUCACAAAUAUUUAUCUUGAGCUUAUCUCUGUUGACAGUAGCAUGUCUAGUGAAAUGAAUGGCUUUGGUUCAAACUUAUGCUCUUUAUCUACCAGAGCACUUCAGAGGUUACGGAAUGAGGUGACACUGAGCCAGUGGAUUCAACAGAACUUUGAGUCAGUGGUCUCGAUGUAUGAGGACCGAUUUGAUUUGUUUGUUUUCUCCAAAAACAUAAUAGCGGACCCGGUUGUGAGCCAAGAUGAGAAGCAUUUUUGGUGGAAGAAACUUUCUUUCAAGAAGUCGACCACAGCUUCACAGUUGCAUCAUGUUUACAUGAGUUCCUUUUCCUUGCCUGUUAAAAGAACCAAGGAAUUAAGAGCCUUGGUUGGAUGGAGGUACUACUUCAGCUUGAUUCUUGAAUUUUCUGAUAUUACAAUGCCUUUUGUUAGAGCUGUUUUCGUGAAGAUCAGUGAUGCUGUAUCUUUCUUCCUUGUGUGUCUGAUCGGGAGAUCUCUAGGACUAAUAUAUACUGGGAUAAGGCAAGCCUUGGGCUUGAGGUGACACAAUGUUUUUAGGUUAACUCUCUUUUCUCCAUUUUUGCAUAUCUCCUUUCCUAAAAAUUAUGGAAGGAUGAUACCUAAUAGUUAUGAGUUUGUUUUCAUUGUAAUUGGAUCCUGGAGUGAAUAUUCACUGAUAAAGAUAGAAUCUUGCGGAUUACAGCUGAUAAAAUUUUCAUGUUGCUAAUUCCACUGAUAUGUUAGCAUU